AUGGCAUCUGGGGAUUUCUGUUUACCUGGAGAAGGGAUGGAAAUACUCCAACAAGGACAUCCCACUAAAGUGUACAGCAGACAGCUUCCUCCUUGUAACCUGAGUGAAGAGGACCUAUUACAGAAUCCACACUUCAGCAAACUGUUGCUGAGUCUCUCACAACACAUGGACGAGAGUGGCUUAAGCCUCUCCCUGGCCAAGGAGCAGGCUCAGGCAUGGAAGGAAGUUCGACUACAUAAGACAACAUGGCUGAGGUCUGAGAUUUUACAAAGAGUCAUCCAAGAGCUGCUUGUGGACUACUAUGUGAAGAUACAAGACACAAAUUUAACUUCUGAGGACAAAAAGUUUCAUGAGACCCUUGAACAGCAGCUACUUGUGACUCAACUAACGCAGCUCUUAGGUCCCAGCCAGGAGAGGGCGAUGCCUCCUCUGCUCGGACUGGAGAAAGCGGACCUUCUGGAGCUCAUGCCGCCCUCAGAGGAUUUUGUAUGGAUGAGAGCUCGGCUUCCACUGGAAGUGGAGGAGCAACUCAAGAAGAAGUGUUUUACUCUCCUUUGCUACCAUGAUCCUAAUUCCGAUUCAGAUCCUGAAACCCUGAAGGCAGCAAAGGUGUGGAAACUAGCAGAGAUCCUGGUGAGUGAGAAGCAGCAGUGCCAGGAUGCCAGGAGCCAGCAGAAGGAGCAGGCGGUGCUGCUGGAGAAGAAGAGAGCCACCUGCUCCCAGGUGCUUCUCCGCUGCUUGGCCUUACUGCACAGAUUGCUUCAGGAGCACCGGCUGAAGACUCAGUCUGAGCUAGACCGCAUCAACGCCCAGUACCUGGAGAUCAAGUGUAGUGCCAUGAUCCUUAAGCUGAGGAUGGAAGAGCUAAAGAUUUUGUCUGACACUUACACUGCUGAGAAAGUAGAAGUUCAUCGUCUCAUUAGGGACCGUUUGGAGGGGGCCAUUCGGCUACAAAAACAGGACAUGGAGAAGUCCCGACAGGUCCUAAACACCUAUGAGGUGCUUGGGGAGGAGUUUGACAAGCUGGUAAAAGAGUACACCCAACUCAAGCAGACCACCGAGAACAGGCGUUGGGCACUCCAGGAGUUCAACAAAGCCUGCCGCUGA